UUGGAGCAGGACUUGGAGGCAAGCAUAGUAAUUUAAAAUUUGAAAGUCUUAAAAUUUAAUUAAUUUGUCAAUAGUUUCAAACGAAGAGGGAGAGGGAAGUGAAAUUAGGUAACCUAAAAAAAACGUGUUGGUUUCAUUCAUUCGUGCGCAGUAAGCGAAAUGAAUUAUUGGGUGCGACAACAGUUUGGCAAAGGUGGCAGGGAUUCUUCGGUUUCCCUUCUCGUUCUCUUUCUCCGUUCCUACGCCACUCGCCGCUCCAAACCCACCCCGCCGGAGAUUCCUUUUCAGCCCAAACUGGCUAACGCCGUCAAUCUCAUCGGUCAGCUACUCACGCCCCUUCAGUUCCACCAAUCUCCCGAAGGCAACGCCUGGGCCACCGCCGUCAUCACGCGCCAAGAGUCCCCUUCUUCUCCUCUCCUCUCGUACGUUGCUCUCUCUGUUUCCUUUCUCUUCUUUGCUGUUCCUGUAAUAACUACUCUAUCUCCCCAUUUCAGGAUUCCGCUUCUGUUCGAGGGUGAUCUCGCUCAUACCGCCAAAUGCCAUCUCAAACUCAAUGAUUUCAUCCACAUUGCUGGAAAUCUCACCACUGAUCCUCAUGGACUACACCCCCAACACCACCACCAUCAAACCAAUAUCCAGGUACCUCUCUUUCUUAUACUAUCUUAUCUUUUGUUACACUCCCACUUUUCAUCUUCACUAUCUACAACAGGUUAUGGUGCAAACCCUCAACUUUGUUCAAGGAUAUCCCCAACUCAACACUACAACCGCAUCUUCAACCACCAAAAUACUUCCUUUCUCUCUGAGGAGCAUGACAUCAAUCCAUCAAGGAAGGAUAUCCGUGCCAAGCAGAGUGAAGAGCUGGACAAAGACAAUUCUUGGAAGGAUCUCCUUGAUAACCCCGUUGAAUGGUGGGAUCUUCGUUCAACAGAGGAGAAUCCAAAAGGUGCAGCUUUUGAAAGAAAGACAAAUGGUGAAUUACUCUUUAUCAGUAGCUCAACUCCCAAAUGGGUCCAAGAGAAAUUAGAGUUAGUGACAAUUGAUCUGAAACCUGAACCGAAACACUCAAUAUCCUCUGCGAAGAAAAACCCAGAUUCUUCAAUGAGUUCUUGGAUAGACCUUGUAGAUAAUCCAAAGCAGUGGUGGGAUUUCCGUGACAGCAAACAAAAUGGAUUGGUACAUCCAAAGCACCCUGAUUUCAAGCGCAAGGAUGGCAGUGUUUCCCUCUGGCUUAGCAACUGUACAACAUUUGUUUUAAGCAAACUGAAAGGGCUUGAAUUUGAAGUUCCGGUUGUUAAAUCCAAAAAAGCAAAGGAUAGUAAAGGUGGUGAUGUUUCCUGGAAUGAUUUGGUGCAAAAUCCGGCUAAAUGGUGGGAUAAUAGAGUAGAUAAGAGGAAUGAAAAAGCUCCUGAUUUCAAGCACAAAGAAACUGGUGAAGGGCUGUGGCUUGGUUCUUCACCAAGUUGGGUGUUAGACAAAUUGCCACCCGUGAAGCCUAAAAAAGGUGUAGAAACAGACAGGAAAUCGACACUGGUUUCAUAAGCAAUGGAGAAAGUAGAGAAAGGAAUCACUUACUCAGUUGGAUAUAGGAUAUAUCCUGCUUAUGAGUUUCACUUCCAUGUAAUUAACUUUUUCCUUACUAGAGUUCUGUUUUAGUGAUACCUUUACAAACUCAGUAUCCUCGCCUAUCGCUUGCUCAGCAUUUGACUUGUAGUCUCUACCAGCAGCAAUAUCUAUACAAAAUGACUGGUGUUAUUCAAAUACCUGUAUUGCAGUUUUGCUUUA